CACAUACAUUCAUGGAGACCAGGCUCAUUUCUAUGAGUGGAACUUUUUCUGCCACGUCUCAUUCGACCAAUCGUGGCUCAGCAGAGGAGCGACACACCUGUAUAAAAGCACACUUCAGUUCAUUGCAUGGGGCGAAAAGACGCUGUGACACUUGCGCAUGGGCAUCCCUUGCUGCGUUUCCGCCAAGCCCGCGCUCGCAGUAGAAAGUCGUGUGUGAGUACAGGCUCCAAAGUAAAGAUGGAUGAAAUAUUUAACCACAGCGGAGCGCUGAAUCGAAGCUCGUUCGGCGAUGAGAAAUUCAGUUUCGAAGACAUCGAUGUGAGCGCGGACGGCACCUUCAUCCUCAGGAUACUCAUCUCCGUGGUGUACUCUGUAGUGUGCGCUGUGGGUUUGGUGGGGAACCUGCUCGUAUUUUUUCUCAUGAGAUUACGUCAAGGUCGAAAGAAGUCCACCAUCAAUGUUUUCAUUAUUAAUUUGGCGGUGACGGACUUCCAGUUCGUGCUCACUCUGCCCUUCUGGGCCGUGGACACCGCGCUGGACUUCAGCUGGCCGUUUGGAGACGCCAUGUGCAAAAUCAUCCUCUCGGUCACCGUGAUGAACAUGUACGCCAGCGUCUUUUUUCUCACUGCCAUGAGUGUGACCCGCUACAUGUCCGUCGCUUCGGCCCUCAAGAAAAGAGCGUACAGGAGGUCACGGUGUGUGAAGUGGGUGUGCGCGGUGCUGUGGGUGGCGGCGACGGUGGUCACAGCUCCAACAACUAUCUUCUCCACCGUAACUGUAGUCGCUGGAGAAAAACUCUGUCUCCUCAAGUUCCCCGAAGGACACGACUGGCUCGCCCUCUACCACAUCCAGAAAAUACUGAUAGCCUUUGUCAUCCCUAUGCUCAUAGUCUCCGUCAACUAUCUGAUGCUCCUGCGCUUCGUAAAACGGAGGAGCAUGGACGGCAGCAACCCGAAACGGAGGUCUAGAGUCACCAAAUCCGUCGCUAUAGUGGUUUUGUCUUUCUUCUGCUGCUGGAUGCCAAAUCAUGCCAUCACCUUCUGGGGUGUCUUGGUCAAAUUUAACGCAGUCAACUGGGAUAAAUCGUAUUACAUGGUGCACACGUACGUUUUCCCAGUUACUGUGUGCUUGGCGCACGCAAACAGCUGCUUGAACCCGGCGAUUUACUGCCUGAUGAGGCCAGAGAUCAGAAAGAUGCUGGGCGGUUUGUUUUGGAGGGUCUCCACUCCAUCCUCCAACAAAAGCUGCAAGACGCGCCUUUUUACGCAUGGAGAGACACAGGGAGUCGUGCCUCUCCAGAUUAUGGAGAGCGGAGAAUACACGCUGUCCAUCAUAGACCGUAAAGGCUUAUCAAACCCCAGUACGAGUCCAUACACCCGAUAACUCUGCUCUGUGGGGAAAAAAAAAGCUUUGUACAGCUUUUUAAAAACAUUUAGUAUUAUUUUAUUUAUUUCUUAAUUGUUUAUUUUUGUUGCUCUGGUUGUCCACCUGUAGUCUCAUGCGUAAUGCUUUCGCUCUUGUCCCAAAUUUGAGCAUUUUUGAGCGCACACAACUGAGGUGCACCUGAUUGUCUGUCAUCGUUUACUGCAUUCGUAAAACUGUGGCCAGAUUACACGUCGACUCCUUUGUUGAACAAGUGGACAUGGACUGAAUUUCUCUUUCCUUUGUCUCCGUUAACACGCAGCGCUACGUGUAAGACCACUCUUAUGAUUAUGAUUUUGGAAGAGAAAAACACGGGAACAGAGAGAGCCGGGCGCAGAUCUUAAGACACAGGACUUCCAGCAAAAACGUGAGACUUUCUUGUGUAAAAUGACGAGGAUGACGGACAAGGAGAUAAAACACCCUUUGAAACCUGACUGUAAAAUAAAUCUGUAAAUGAGGUAACCUUUAGUGAGUGCAUUCGUUUUUGAAUCCCUACUUUGACUUACAGAACUGUGCUACAGUAUAGAUGUCACAUGUGAGGAGGUGAACUUCACAGAGGAAUGACAUGUACAGUCUGCUUAUUCUCUGUAACGUGUACAUAAAAAUGUCAUGGCAAACCGUCUGAGAUACCACUGUGUACAGGAAGAGCACAUAUUGUAUGUUUUCUCACAUGCACUGUUUUCACACUGGAGCUUUCUGUCACAUCAUUAAAAGCCGUGAAUGUGAACACGUUGUCGUUCCGUCAAAUAAAGCG